CCUGAGGUGAUUUCAUAGCUUACUCAAAUGGAAAAAGCACAGGGCCGAUGCUUCAACAUGAAACCUAUACUAAGAGAAUGCCUGGCUGAAUUUCUUGGAGUCUACAUCAUGAUUCUACUGGGCGUGGGGUCGGUAGCUCAGGUGGUGACCAGUGAGGGCGCCAAAGGGGACUAUUUCUCCAGCACAUUGGCCUUCGCCCUAGCUACUACAUUUGCCAUGUACGUCUGCAGAGGGGUGUCAGGAGCUCAACUGAACCCAGCUGUGUCCUUCGGCUUGUGUGUAAUGGGGAGGUUCCAAUGGAGAAAACUGCCGGUCUACGCAGUCUUCCAGACCCUGGGCUCUUUCAUUGGAGCUGCUACUGUCUACGCUCUUUAUUAUGAUGCCAUUAUGAACUUUAGUCAGGGGAACCUAACAGUCACAGGGCCAAACUCUACCGCACGCAUUUUCUCCACCUAUCCCUCAGACUACCUCAGCAUCUGGAGUGGAUUUAUGGAUCAGGUGAUAGGCACGGCUGUGCUGCUGGUGUGUGUGCUGGCUCUGGGGGACCGGAGGAACAGUGCGGCCCCUGCGGAGCUGGAGCCUCUGAUGGUGGGGCUGGUCAUCUGGGCCAUCGGCCUCUCCAUGGGGUCCAACUGUGGGUACCCCCUGAACCCCGCCCGAGACCUGGGGCCGAGAGUGUUCACCUAUCUGGCUGGAUGGGGAAGUGAGGUGUUUAGUGCUGGCAAUGGUUGGUUUUGGGUUCCUCUCGUGGCCCCAUUUCUGGGUGCUCUUGUCGGCGUAGCCUUGUACUACCUUUUCAUUGAGAUCCAUCACCCACCACUGGAGCCAUCAGCAGAUGGAGAUGUCCUCUGCAUUGAUAAUAAGAUGGCUGAAAUGGACAUGUAUAUGCUCAAGUCCCAUCAAAAGGAUGGGAACAUGGAUACUGAGAAACCAAUCGCAGUAAAAGUGAACAAUGUGUGAAAAAAACAUUCUCCUUGUACAGACCGUGCUUACAGUGUUACUGUAUAUUUUGUUGAAAAUAUUAUAAGUGUGUUAAACUGAUUUUUAUUUCUCCUUGUACAGAGUAUGAGUUUUUAUGUGGAUUUUAAAUAAAAGAAAUAUAGCGUUAAUCCUAAUCUAAA